AUGGCCCAGAAGUUGGAAGCAAAAGGCGUAAAAGGAGGCAAUCAGUGGGAUGAUUUAGCUGACCAUGAUCAUGUAACAAAGAUAUAUGUACAAGAUGGUCGCAAAGGUAUUCAGUACGUCAAGUUUGAUUAUGUCAAGAAUGGUCAACCACAAACUGGAUCACUCCAUGGUCUCAUGGGUAGACGAUUGAUGAAAAAGUUUGAGAUUGAUCCAGCCAGUGAAUAUCUUGUAUCCGUUGAGGGUUACUAUGAUGACGCUAAGGGUAUAAUUCAAACACUUAAAUUCAAAACCAACAAGAAGACUUCUGAUAUGAUAGGAUACAAUGCAACUGGUUUGAAGUUUUCACUUAAAGUUAACGGAAAAAAGAUAAUUGGCUUCCAUGGAUAUGCUGAUACUAAUCUCAACUCUCUUGGAGCUUAUUGAUACAUCACUUAUUUCACAACGGCUCCUCCUACUAAAUUUGACUGUCAAGGUGGUUCAGGAUCCCAGCUUUGGGAUGAUGGUUCUAACUACAGUGGUGUGAGAAAGGUUUCCUUUGCGUUAGAUGACACCGAGAUAAGGAAAAUCAAGAUUAAUUAUGACAAAGGUGGCUUAGUGGAAAGACGUGAGUACGGGGGUAACGUAGGACGACAAGAGGAGUUUGUGGUCGACUAUCCAAGUGAAUACAUCAUAUAGGGAGGUACCUGCGAUAUUGUAAGCAAUACUAGUCAAAACCGUGUUAGGUCGCUGAUGUUCAAAACAUCAUAAAGGAUAACCUCUCCGAUAUUUGGAAAGGUUGCUACUCGCAAAUUCGUUUUUGAAAGCAACGGUAGUGCCCUUAUCGGGUUCCAUGGACGAGCAGCUGUUGCUCUAGAUGCCAUCGGAGCUUUUGUCUCCCCGUUUAUUCUUCCACAUCCUUAUUCUCCUCAUCCUUCUCUUCCUCCUUCCGCUGAAACACUACAAGCAAAAGGUGGUGAAGGAGGAGAUCCAUGGAACGAUGGUGUUUUCAACGGUGUGAGGAAAAUAUAUGUAGGACAAGGUGGAAAUGGUGUCAGUGCCGUCAAGUUUGUGUAUGAUAAGGACUCUCACGUGGCUGAAGGGAAUGAUCAUGGGAACCAAACACUUCUUGGAUACGAGGAGGUGAUUAUAUAUCCUUUCAUUAAUCUAGAAUAUCCUAGUGAGUACAUCACCGCGGUGGAGUUUGACAAAAUAUUUGGAAGUGGAGGCGGAGUUAUAACCAUGCUUAAGUUCAAGACCAACAAACGAAUCUCUCCACCGUUUGGACUCGAAACAACAUCAAGCUUUGUUCUUGGGAAGGAAGGUUAUAAAAUUGUAGGGUUCCACGGAAAAUCUAGUCAUGAGCUUCACCAGCUCGGGGUAUAUGUCGUGCCCAUUUCCCAGUGAUAUUUGCCCGAUCUUAAAUGAGCUACAUUGACGAACUCUUAUCAUAUCAAGUUUGAUCAGGUUCUUUCAAG